AUGAGCUUAAAAGGAUUCGUUCCCGAGCUGAGCGAUCAGGAGAUUCAAGACGCUUUUGGGAUGAUGGACAAGAAAGGAAGUGGAAGAAUUGCGGCCAACGAGUUGGGCUUCGUGAUGCGGCAAUUGAGAAGAGAUUACCCGGAUAGUCAACUACAAAAAAUGAUUAAUGGAAGGGAAACGAUCGAUUUUAUUGACUUCAUCAAUAUGCUGGCUGAAAAACCAUCGACAAAAGAUGAUGAGAUGAGAGCGGCUUUUCAGCUCUUCGACAAAGAUGGAAACGGUUUCAUAUCAGCGACAGAGUUGCACGAUGCGAUGGCGAGUCUCGGCGAGAUGGUCACAUUUGAAGAAAUUGAUAUGAUGAUUCGAGAAGCUGAUGAUAAUCACGAUGGAAAAGUGAACUAUGAGGAAUUCAUCAAAAUGAUGUCCAAA